GAUACGGAUUGGUUUUGGGAAAGAUUCUGUGUUAGGUUUGUUGGGUUUGGAUCUGUAUGCUGUGUGUGUGUUGUUGGGAUAUAUUCGACCUGGUACUUUGUCGAUUAUACCACCGUAUUCAAUUCUCGAACAUCGUCGUCCGUUAAGUUCAUACACGAAACCAUCAUGGACAAUUCGGGAUACUCAAAAUUAAAGGAGCCUCCAAUUACCCCACCAUCUCGAGUUCAUGCAGCUUAUCCACGUGAAAAGCAUCAAAAAGUAGAAUGUGCCCCUCAACCAAGUGAUCCAUUCCAAGACUCGUCACUGCCUCGACCUUCAUUUGCGGAGCAAAGAUUCGAGCUUCCAUCCACACUUCUUAGUCCGCUGAAGCCACCCGAAACAUCAGAUCAAUUCAAAAAUCCUUUCUUGAAUCUUCUUCCCAAUUCUCCUCUGAAUCCCCGGAGCAGCAAUUUCAAUCCGGAAGAAUGGAUCACCAAUUUGGUGGCCUUCAUGGGACAGGAUCCGAGACGAUAUCCUCGGAGGAGUGCGGGAUUUUCUUUUGAGAAUCUGACUGUUUAUACUUACAGGAAACCAACUGAUUAUCAGAAGAAUGUUGCCAAUGUUGUGCUUGAACUUGGCGCUUUUGCUCGCUGGUUGGUUGGGUCUGGAAAACAGAAGGUCCAGAUCUUGAAAGGGUUUGAUGGUUUGAUUGAGCAUGGUGAAAUGCUGUUGGUUCUUGGUCGGCCAGGAAGUGGAGUUUCUUCGUUCCUGAAGACGAUAUCGGGGAAUACUCGUGGACUUUUUGUCGAGCCGGACUCGGAUAUCAAUUACCAAGGAGUCUCUGUGAGCGAGAUGCACACACGGUUUAGGGGUGAAGUUAUAUAUCUGGCCGAGUUCGAUAGUCAUUUUCCAAAUUUGACGGUUGGCCAGACGCUACUUUUCGCAGCCAAAGCUCGAGCACCACGCGAUUUUACUUUUCCUGGAGUGACUCGAAAAGUAUAUGCAGAGCACAUGAGGGAUGUGAUGAUGAAAACAUUAGGUCUUAGUCACGUGGAGAAUGUACUUGUUGGAGAUGAUUCUGUGAAAGGUAUCAGUCGAGCUGAGAGGAAGAGAGUGAGCAUCGCAGAAGCAGCCUUAAGUGGAUGUACCUUACAGUGCUGGGAUAACUGCACCAGAGGUUUCGAUAACACUCAUGCACUUGAGUUUUAUAAGACGAUUCGACUUUCCACUACCCUUGGAAGAACAACAGCGUGCGUCGCUUUGUAUCAAGUACCUCAAAUGGCUUAUGAUGUUCUAUACGAAGGAAGGCAAAUAUACUUUGGCCCAUGCCACGAAGCAAAAUCCUUCUUCAUCGACAUGGGAUUUGUUUGUCCUCCAUAUCAAACCACAGCUGACUUCUUGACGUCCCUCACAAAUCCAGAUGAGAGGAUAAUCCAACCAGGUUUCGAAUUUCGAGUCCCACGAACUCCCGAAGAAUUCGUUAUGGUAUGGAAAACAAGCCGUCAUUAUGCAAGACUUAUGCAAGAACUCGAAGCUUAUGAAAAUGAAUUCCCGUUCGAUGGGACUCACGCGUUGGAUUUUGCGGCUGCUAGGAGAUCUCAGCAGGCUAAAUAUCUGAGAGGCAAAUCAGUAUAUAAGCUCUGUCCGAGACAACAAGUUGUUUUGUGUAUCGUUAGAGGCCUGCAGAGGUUACGAAGUGACAUCAACCGCAUAAUUCUUGACCUAGUAAUUAAGACUUUUAUGGCUCUAGCUGUGGGUGUCGUCUUCUACGAUAUGCCGGAUGAUACUAGCAGUAUGAAUAAUAGAAGUAUGUUAAUAUUUAUCAUGAUACUAUUAAAUGCUUUCACAGACUCACUCGAGGUCCUCCAACUGCCUGAUCAACGUCUUGUCGUGGAGAAACAAGCGAGAUAUGCAUUUGUUCACCCAGUCGCCGAAGCAUUUGCUUCAAUAGUAUGCAGCAUACCAAUCAAGUUUUGCAGUAAUGUUCUUUUUAACGCCAUUCUAUACUUCAUGGCAAGUUUGAGGAGAACAACCAUGGCGUUUUUCACUUUCAUUGUCUUCUCAUUUGUUCUUAGUUUGACACUUUCUAUGGCUUUCAGAACUAUUGGAGCUUCUUGCCGAUCUCAUGCCCAAGCCAGCUUCUCAACAGCAGUCGUUAUUUUGGCUUUUAUGAUGUAUGCAGGAUUUGUGGUACCCCGGAUGAAAAUGGCGCCAUGGUUAGGAUGGAUUGCAUACGUUAAUCCGGUUGCGUGUGCCUAUGAAAGUUUAAUAAUCAACGAAUUUUCAGGUCAGAUCUUUCCAUGUGGAAAUCUUGUGCCGAGUGGGCCACCUUACAUUAGCACAAGCCCUCAUAAUCGAGUGUGUGCUGUUGUUGGGGCUAUCUCUGGAUUUGAAAAUGUCUUGGGGACUAUAUAUCUUGAGCUCAGGUUUGGGUUACAACCUAACCACUUAUGGCGAAAUAUGAGCAUUCUAUUUGCUUUCAUGGCAUUUUUCAUGGCCGCAUACCUACUUGUUAUGACUCAUAUAUCGAUGGAGAAAAUGAACGGAGAGAUACUGUUAUUUCAGCGGGGACACAAACCUCUGCACAAGAGGCAAAAGCAUCUUGAAAUUUACUCAAGCACAGAUGCUCAUAGGUAUGGUGGAAAUGGCGAUCCAAUAACCAAAAUUCAAAGACAAACGUCAACUUUUCAAUGGAAAGAUAUUUGCCUGGAUAUCAAAACUAGAGAUGGCACACGUCGAAUUCUAGAUCAUGUUGAUGGCUGGGUAAAACCAGGGACUUUGACCGCACUUAUGGGUCCAACAGGAGCAGGGAAAACUUCGUUGUUAGAUGUUCUGGCGUCUAGAAGCAACGUUGGUGUAGUUUCUGGUGAAUCCUUUGUUGAUGGCUGCAUAAAAGAUAUAUCGUUUCAACGCAAAGUUGGAUAUAUUCAACAGGAGGACUUUCACCUUGCAACAAUGACAGUGCGCGAAGCACUACAGUUUAGUGCAAUUAUGCGUCAAUCAGGCAAGACUACCAAGAAAGAGAAAAUUGCUUAUGUGGAAGAGAUGAUUAAGCUAUUGGAAAUGGAUGUAUACGCGGAUGCGAUUAUAGGAGUACCUGGUGAAGGGUUGAACAUUGAACAGAGAAAGAAACUGACUAUAGGCAUCGAGCUUGUCGCUAAGCCAAAGCUUCUACUCUUUUUAGAUGAACCUACCACUGGCCUCGAUAGUAGCACAUCAUGGGAAAUAAUUGAGCUUUUGAAAAAGAUGACAGCUCACGGUCAAGCUGUUUUAUGCACAAUUCAUCAACCCUCUACAGCAUUGUUUCGACGCUUUGAUAGUCUUCUUUUUCUUGGCCCUGGAGGUCGACCCUUAUACUUUGGUAGGCUUGGUGAGAAUUGCGAAACUGUUAAGAGGUAUUUCGAAUCCAAUGGAGCGGAUCCUUGUCCCCUGGGUGGAAAUGUUGUUGAAUGGAUCAUGCAGACUGUUGGAUGUAAUCCCAGUUCAACAAACCUAAUCAAUUGGCCCGAAGUCUGGAGAAAUAGUCAUGAACUAGUCCUUGUUCAUCGAAAGUUAGAUCAUAUGAGAAAGGCAUUAGUUGCAAGGUCCAGCUUUUUUCUGACAGGAACUAAAAAGCCACCGCACCGGAAGGAAUUUGCUACAACUUUUAUAGUACAAGUAUGGCAAUGCUUCAGAAGAACAACUCUACACUACUGGCGGACACCUUCUUAUAUCUAUUCGAAAAUCGGAUUAUCCCUUUUUUAUGCUCUAUUUAUUGGGUUCUCAUCCUUUAGAGAUGCAAGUUCUUUGCAGGAUCUGCAGAAUCAGACUUUCAACGUUUUUAUGCUUCUAACUUUAGCAUCUACCUUUGUUGCGCAGAUUCUCCCAAAUGCUUUAGUGCAACGAGCUUUGUUUGAAGCCCGAGAGCGUCCCGCGAAGAUUUACUCAUGGCCAGCUUUCAUUAUUAGCAAUAUACUUGUUGAAUUGCCAUGGAAUACGCUUUCGGCAAUAAUUGUAUUUCUGUGUUGGUAUUAUCCCGUGGGGAUGUAUCGUAACGCAAUAUCAACGAAAUCAAUACUUGAGAGAAAUGGAGUGAUGGUGCUGCUGAUCUGGAUAUACCUGAUAUAUGCAAGUACAUUCGGAUACAUGGUACAAGUUGGUCUGGAGCUUACAAUGAUGGCUGGCAAUCUGUCUAAUGCAGCAUUUUUUUUGUCAUUGAUGUUUUGUGGCAUAAUUUCAGCGCCUAUAGCACUGUCUCAGAUAUGGCGUAUCGUAUGGCGUCUGUCUCCGUUCACUUAUCUUGUUGAUGGGAUGCUCUCGAUUGGUCUUGGGAACGUUCCUGUCACAUGUUCCCAAUUCGAAUCUCUUCAUUUCGAACCAGUGACUGGGGGUACCUGUGGCUCUUACAUGGCUAGCUAUAUCCAGAAAGCAGGAGGUUAUCUAACUAAUCCUUCCGCAAAGACUAGAUGUGUUUAUUGUCCCCUGAAAGAUUCGAAUGAGUUCCUUGCUGCUGCUGGUAUGAGUUACACGAACAGGUGGCGAAAUUUUUGCAUCAUGUGGGCUUAUGUGGGCUUCAAUGUUGUUAUGACUUUGUUUAUAUACUGGCUGGUUAGGGUCCCGAAGAAUUGGAAGGGAAAGGCGAAGGAGAAUUUGGACGGUUCAUUGGGCGCGAGAAAUGAACUUGUCAGUGAACCGAGUGAACCAAGCGGAGCUAGUCAUUCGGAAAGAAGCUUUGUGAAAGUGAGUGGAUAUAAAGAGGAGAGUCCUCAAACUAAGAAGCGUGGUAGGUCUGAUGAUAUCGAGCUUGUUCAGAUGUGAGGGAGAGGGGAGAGGGAAAGUGUUGAUAGGAAGUUGCAAUUGCGGCAUCAGAAAGGAGGGGCAGUCUGGGAUGUCAUAUCGAUUAGCUUGAUGGUAUUUUUGUUGGCUCUUUUAUGUACCUGGGUAGGUAAAUGUAUGGAAUACAUACCUAGCA